UACGAAGAAAGUUGUCAGGCAACAUAUUAGUCUUGAUUGCCACGCAGAGUAUCGCGAAUCGUUCGUAAUUUAGAAAUAAUCGUUGCAUUUCUCCACCCUUCUGUUCAUCAAAUCUUCAAACAAAAUGGCACUAUCUCAGUUUAUGAAAUUUGCCGCACGCCCCGCAUGCCGUGCCCUUUCCUCGAAAGCUGCCCCCGCUGUGGAUGUGUCCGCGACCGGUCCCAGCUUUGCACUCACGGACGAACAGCGUGAGAUUGUGGAGAUGACGAAGAAGUUUGUGCGGGAAGAAAUCAUCCCGGUGGCGGCUCAUCAUGAUAAGACCGGCGAGUACCCGUGGGCCAUCAUCAAGAAGGCGUGGGAGCUGGGUUUGACCAACAGCCAUAUUCCGGCCGAAAUUGGCGGCAACGACAUGUCCAUCGUCACCAGCUGCUUGGUCGCCGAGCAGUUCGCGUACGGAUGCACAGGCAUAAUGACGGCAAUUGAAGCUAGCGGGCUUGGGCAAACUCCGGUGAUCAUUGCCGGUAACCAGGAGCAGAAGAAAAAGUAUCUCGGUCGUUUGCUUGAGGAACCACUAGUGGCGGCCUACUGCGUCACGGAACCGGGAGCCGGAUCCGAUGUGAACGGUGUGAAAACGCGUGCCGAAAAGAAGGGAGACGAAUACAUUCUGAACGGACAGAAGAUGUGGAUCACGAACGGUGGUGUUGCGAACUGGUACUUUGUGCUGGCACGUACCAAUCCCGACCCGAAGUGUCCCGCCUCGAAGGCUUUCACCGGGUUCAUCGUCGAGCGGGAAACGCCUGGACUGACGCCUGGUCGCAAGGAGCAGAAUAUGGGCCAGCGCGCAUCGGACACGCGCGGCAUCACGUUCGAGGAUGUACGCGUCCCAAAGGAGAACGUGUUGAUCGGAGAGGGAGCCGGUUUCAAGAUUGCGAUGGGCACGUUCGACAAGACCCGCCCACCGGUGGCAGCCGGUGCCGUCGGUUUGGCACAACGCUGCCUGGACGAGGCGCUCAAGUACGCGUUGGAGCGAAAAACAUUCGGUGUGCCGAUUGCGGCCCACCAGGCCGUGUCCUUUAUGCUAGCCGACAUGGCCAUCGGUGUUGAGACGGCACGUCUUAUCACGAUGAAGUCGGCGUGGGAGGUGGAUCAGGGCCGGCGAAACAGCUACUACGCGUCCAUUGCCAAGUGCUACGCGUCGGAUAUUGCGAACAAGAUCGCUUCUGAUGCCGUGCAGGUGUUCGGAGGAAACGGUUUCAACAGUGAAUACCCGGUGGAGAAGCUGAUGCGUGAUGCUAAGAUUUACCAGAUCUACGAAGGCACAUCGCAGAUCCAACGGUUGAUCAUCUCCCGUAACAUGAUCGAAGCGGCAAAGCAACAGGCAUAAGCAACAAACACCGGUCUGUGGACGUACCGGUAACUUGGUUUUGUUUUCCCUAUGGUGUGAGUGCGCGAUAUUGUGUUUGUAUUCACGAUCAUCACUUUUUCGUUUCGAUACUUUCUAGAUUAUUUCUGUUAUAACUUUAACCACUUUUACGAAAAAAUCACAUAGAGGUGCUGUAAUAAAGUAUAUUUUUUUAAGAAUAGAAA